AUCGGACUCAGAUAAUAGAGCAGAUAGAGAUUACAACAUUUUAACAAAUUGUCCAAAAAAAAGGCAACAAAAAGAUGCUGUUGGGGUAUUUCCUCUUUGGGGUGAUGACCUUUCAUUUGUCAGGUGCUCAAAGUGAAGUAAGUGAGGUUUUUGCCGAAGCCGGCUCUCAGGCUGUGCUGCCCUGUAAAUGCAGCCGGCUGUCCGCUCGUAUCCCCGCCAUCAUCUGGAGAAAAGCCGACAAAGGCACUGUUUGGAGAAAGGAAAAGAGUGGUCUGGAGUUCUGGGGCUCUGACUGGUUAUCAAAAGGCAACCAACGCGUGAGGUGGCCCCAUUACCAGUUAGAAAGUGGCGAUUUCAGCCUGCAGAUAAACAACGUGAGGGAGGAGGAUGGAGGAGUUUACUCCUGCAGGGUGGAACAUGGAUUCCAAGUCAUUGAGAAAACAGUCACACUCCGAAUCACUAAAGUGUCCGUCUCCUCACCGGCUCCGAUUUGGGGGAACGACGUUUCGAUCACCUGUAGCGUGACUCCUUGGCCUCAAGGAGCUCUUGUGAGGUGGACACUGAACGACAGCCCAUUCGAGCCUCGGACCAUGCAGACCGCUGUGAGGGAAAAGGCCACCGGCAGACUGACGGGAACCUGGACCUGCCUGGUGGCCUACAAGGACCAGGAGGGACGAGCUUCAGCUACCCUGAGCGUGAAGGGUGUCAUCCACCCACCCGACGACGACGCCAAAGUGUACGCCGCUGUGGGAUCCGCGGUCACACUCCCCUGCGUCUUCUCCCCCGGGCUCAUCCCCUCUGAUCCGCUCUGGGAGAAACUAAAACCCGGGUAUCUCUACAAACCGGCUCCCGGUCGCCUUCCCGCCUCUUUCUCGGCCUCCGGGCCGCUCUCCGCGCUCGCCUCCGAUCAGUCGGCCCGUUUGAACGAGGUCGCGUUGGAGGAUGAGGGCAGGUACAGAUGCUCCGCCACGAUAGAAGGACAACGGGUGACGCGAAACAUGCGGCUCGUCGUUGCCAAAGUUCACAGCAGCGCGCCCUCCCAGAACACAAGCUCCGUGACGCUGACCUGCCAGCUGGCCGACACCGGCGAGGUCACCAAGUACGAAUGGGUUCAUGUGAUCUAUGACCUCAAUGGCAGCCGGUCCGUUGGGCCCAUCCUGGAGGGGAAGAGUCUGAGUAUAAGCACAACGUCCGAGGGGAACCGGGGUGAAUGGGCAUGUCGUUUCUACGGGAAGGACGGCCUUUUGGGAAAUGUGACAUACCACGUCCAGCAGAUGAGCGGUCUAAGUGGAGAAAAACCUGGGAGUGUCUCACACAACACGGCAGCUGCAGUGGGCCUCAGCUUUCUCCUCCUCGUUAUGCUGUUGAUUUUGGCUCAGAUCUACAAGAACCACCAAAGGAGGAAAGGCAUCUUUCAGUACCCUGCGCUGGAGACGAUUGUUCAUACCGUGUCCAAUGAGCGGGAGGAGAGAGAAAGAAACACGGUGAAAAAGUAAAGAUAUUAAUGCAGUCAUCUCAC